CAUCACUAAUCAGCUGUAGACUGAGUCUGUUUUAGUCUCUCAGCCAAUAUUAAAAGCAAUGCCUGAACCCUCCAAAUCCGCUCCCGCCCCCAAAAAGGGCUCCAAGAAGGCGAUAACAAAGGCGCAGAAGAAGGAUGGCAAGAAGCGCAAGCGCAGUCGCAAGGAGAGUUACUCCAUCUACGUGUACAAGGUGCUCAAGCAGGUGCACCCCGACACCGGCAUCUCGUCCAAGGCCAUGGGCAUCAUGAACUCGUUCGUCAACGACAUCUUCGAGCGCAUCGCCGGCGAGGCCUCGCGCCUGGCGCACUACAACAAGCGCUCGACCAUCACGUCGCGCGAGAUCCAGACGGCCGUGCGCCUGCUGCUGCCUGGUGAGCUGGCCAAGCACGCCGUGUCCGAGGGCACCAAGGCUGUCACCAAGUACACCAGCUCCAAGUGAGCUCCCGAAUUGGCGCCGCCGCCCCUCACCCCAAAGGCUCUUU